AUGGGAGACCAGGCCCCACCCACACUCAUGCAGCUGGCAAGACAGAGGCUGCUGAGGGAAGAGGACUUGACCAUUUCUAUUCUGGAGGACCUGCCUGUGGAGCUGCUCCAGGAGAUGUUUCAGGAGGCCUUCAACGACAGACGAACAAACAUCUUGAGGGCCAUGGUGUCUGCCUGGCCAUUCCCAGACCUUUCUGUAAGAGCCCUGAUAAAGGACUCUGACCUGGAGACUUUGAAAGCUCUGCUUGAUGGACUAGAUGUGCUGAUUACAGACAAGGUUCAUCCCAGGAGGUCAAAACUCAGAGUGCUUGAUUUGGCGGAUGAGGACCAUGAAUUCUGGAGAAUUAGGGCAGGAACCCAUGAAGGUGACUGCUCUCCACAAGCUGAGAGGCAGGAGCAACCAGUGGAAAUCAGUCCUAACUCUGGGGUGAAGAAACGUUUUAAGGUAGUAACUGAUCUUGAACUCAUAAAGACCAGGUUCAAUCCAUGUGACUGGUACUUGUUACAAUGGGCCCAGCAGCGAAACGAUUCCAUUCAUGUAUGCUGUAGAAAGCUGAAGAUUUGGGAUUCACCAGUCUUCGCUGCUGUACAGAUCUUCAAAUUUAUAAAUCUAGACUGUAUCCUGGAGCUGCAGCUGAGCCAGUGGUCACUUGAAUUCAUGGUACAGCUUUUUCCUUACUUGGAGCAGAUGAAAAAUCUUCACACCCUUGAGCUAGUGGGAAUUCGGAAGCCCUUAAGAUCUGCUGCUUCUGCAGAGCAGGAAUGGAUAAGCAUGUUGCUUUCUCAGAUCUCCAGAUUCCCUUGUCUCCAGAAUCUCUCUGUACAUAAUAUCUACUUUUUAACAGGCUGCCUUGAAAAGUGGCUCAGGUACCUGAAGACCCCCUUGAAGACCCUGGCAAUCACUGCCUGCCAGCUCUCCCAGUCAGACUUGGAUUACCUGAGCCAGUGCCUGAACAUCUGUGAGCUCAAACAUCUGCACCUGAUAGGUGUAGAGCUAUCUGAUUCAUGCCCUAAGCUUCUUGGGGUUCUCCUUGAGAGAAUCUCGAGUACCCUGCAAACCCUGGAAUUGGAGGAGUGCGAGAUGAGGGACUGUCAUUUCAAUGCUAUCUUGCCUUCCCUGAGCCAAUGUUCUCAGCUUACUGUGGUCAAUUUUUGUAAUAAUAAUAUCUCUCUGCUUGUCCUGAAGAAACUUCUACAUCACACAGCCAAGCUGAGCACACUGACCCAUGAGAAGUACCCUGCACCUCUGGAAUGCUAUGAGGAAUUGAGAAUACUUAAAGACAAAUUUAAGCUACUUUGUCCUGAGCUGCUGGAUAUACUCAGGGCCGAAAGGCAACCCAAGAAAGUCUCCUUUUCUACAAGAACCUGCUUGAACUGUUUUCACUGCUGUUUCUAUAACCUGGAGGUCAGACUUUUUUGCCUUUGUCCAUAA